UCGAGCUGUCCGACGCAGUCUGACCGAAUCACUCCUUCAAACAAGACCAGACAUCUGAGCACGACCGCGCAAUCGCGACCGAACCCGUCGCAAUGGCCGAAGAAUUCAACAAUGACGUUGAGGUCGUUGACGACGCCCCCGCCAAUCCUGGCGCAGACGUCGAGAUGGCCGAGGAGGGCGAUGCCAAUGCUGAGGAACUUCCCUUCGCUGAGGGCGGCGAGAACGAUCCCGUCGAGUCGCGCACCCACUUUGUCAGCUACCUAUCUAGCCCCGUUGUGACCCUCUUGGUCGGUCAGGGCGAGACAGAAGCCAUUGUCACAGCUCAUCAGGCCCUUCUGGUGCAAAGUCCUUUCUUCAAGGAGGCAUGCGCGCAGUUCAGCGACGAUGGUAGCCCGCGUCAAAUUGAGCUCGUCGGCGAAGACCUCGACGCGGUUGGAUGCUUCCUCGAGUUCCUCUACACAGGAGAGUACUUCCCCCGCAAGGUCGCCGGUACGCGCACCCUCGAGCAGGAUCCCUCGACUCCCGAAGUCGAUGCGGAUGGCACGCAGCUUCUGAAGCAUGCGCGCGUCUAUACUUUGGCCGAGAAGUUUGGUGUUCCCAGCCUCCGCUCGCUCGCCAGCUCCAAAAUCCAUUGCGUCAACUCAACGGCCAAGGGCGAGAUUGCCUACGCCCGCUACGUCUACGCCUACACUGGCAAGGACGACACCACGAUACGCGCCCCCGUCGCACAGUUCUGGGCCAUGCGCUCGCACACCCUCCGUUCCGAAGCCGAGGACGAGUUCCGCUCUUUGUGCUUGAAGUACCCCCAGUUCGGAUACGACGUGCUUACCCGCGUCCUCGACGACAAGCUCAAGAGGGAGAAGAACGACAAGCUGCACCCAUCAUCAUCAUCUCAAGGAAGCGCUCGCAAGCGUGCGCGGCACAGCCAGAUCUAGAACGACGAGGAACUCAUUUAUCAGCGCAUGUUUUGCGUGGCGUUUGCUAGCAUAGUUUAGGGAUCUUUUCGCGAUGGAGCAUUUGGCAUUCCCUGAAAUCUUCCGCCAUACCCAUUGAGUCUCGGAUUGGUACCGAGUGGAUGCGAUUCUCCAACGAG